AUGGAACUUUUGAAGCUUUCGGUUUUUUUAUAUCUUGAUAUCUUGACAGCAACAACAACCACAUCUACAGCCAUUGACAAGAGCGAAAGAAGCUCAGAUUUGCAUUGCAGACAAUAUUUAGCGCCGUUGCUCCCUGAGCUGCUGACCAUGGAUUCCACACGAGGCCCUCCGAGGGUCAAGAACAAGGCCCCGGCGCCGCAGCAGAUCUCUGCUGAACAGCUCCUCCGCGAAGCUGUCGACCGUCAGGAACCCUCGCUGCAAGCUCCUACACAGCGGUUUGCCGAUCUAGAGGAACUCCAUGAAUACCAAGGCCGGAAACGGAAGGAAUUCGAAGACUAUGUCCGCCGCAACAGGAUUAACAUGAACAACUGGAUGAGAUACGCGCAAUGGGAGCUUGAGCAGAAGGAAUUCCGCCGUGCUCGGUCGAUAUUUGAACGUGCCUUGGACGUCGAUUCUACAUCCGUUGUGUUAUGGAUACGAUAUGCAGAGGCGGAGAUGAAGAACCGUAAUAUCAACCAUGCCAGAAACCUGUUUGACCGUGCUGUUACGAUCCUGCCGCGUGUGGACAAGCUGUGGUAUAAAUACGUGUACAUGGAGGAAAUGCUAGGCAAUAUUGCGGGCACUCGACAGGUCUUUGAACGGUGGAUGUCGUGGGAACCAGAUGAGGGGGCCUGGCAUGCAUACAUCAAGCUGGAGAAGCGGUACAAUGAGCUGGACCGUGCCAGAGCUAUUUUCCAGAGAUUCAUUACCGUUCAUCCGGAAACGAAGAAUUGGAUAAAAUGGGCACGGUUCGAGGAGGAGAACUCCACUAGUGAUUUGGUCAGGGAGGUGUAUGGCACUGCGAUUGAGACUCUUGGCACCGACUUCAUGGACGAGAAACUAUUUAUCGCCUACGCGCGGUAUGAGACGAAAUUGAAAGAGUACGAGCGUGCCCGAGCAAUAUACAAGUUUGCUCUCGACAGAUUGCCCCGCUCCAAGUCUGCUGCUCUACAGAGUGCCUACACCGUGUUUGAAAAGCAAUUUGGCGACCGCGUAGGGGUUGAAGACGUGAUCCUAUCUAAGCGGAGAGUCCAGUAUGAAGAACAGAUCAAAGAAAACCCAAAGAACUAUGAUCUAUGGUUUGACCUCACACGGCUCGAGGAGACAUCCGGCGACGUAGACCGGAUUCGAGACACAUAUGAAAGAGCAAUUGCUCAGAUACCACCAUCACAGGAAAAGCGGCAUUGGCGGCGUUACAUCUACCUCUGGAUCUUCUACGCUGUAUGGGAGGAGAUGGAGAAUGGAGAUGCCGAGCGUGCGCGGCAGAUAUACACAGAAUGCCUGAAACUGAUCCCGCACAAGAAGUUUACGUUUGCAAAGAUAUGGCUCCUGAAAGCUGAGUUCGAGAUUCGGCAGCUUGACCUAGUGCUAGCACGGAAGACACUAGGACAAGCCAUCGGAAUGUGCCCUAAGGACAAGCUCUUUAGGGGUUACAUCGAUAUUGAGCGGAAGUUGUUUGAGUUUUCCCGAUGCCGAAAGCUAUUCGAGAAACAGAUCCAGUGGAAUCCAUCUCAAAGUGAAUCAUGGAUCAAGUUUGCCGAGCUAGAAAGGGGUCUAGAUGAUGUGGAGCGUGCUAGAGCUAUUUAUGAGUUAGGUAUAAACCAGACGGCACUUGACAUGCCGGAAUUACUUUGGAAGGCGUACAUUGACUUCGAGGAGUACGAGGAAGAGUACGAGCGCACCAGGAAUCUGUAUGAGCGACUACUCAAGAAGACCGACCAUGUCAAGGUCUGGAUCAACUAUGCUCGGUUCGAGAUCAAUAUUCCAGAAGGUGACGAGGAAGAAGAUGACAAUGAAGAGCGGCCGGUGUCUGAGGAAGCGAAGAGCCGAGCUAGGAAGGUCUUUGAGCGGGCUAACCGGGUCAUGAAGGAGAAGGACAUGAGAGAAGAGCGUGUCGCACUCCUCAAUGCAUGGAAAGCAUUUGAACACACUCACGGAUCCCCUGACGAUAUUAAUAGCAUCGAGAAGCAGAUGCCCAGAAAGGUGAAGAAGAAGCGCAAGGUAGACGACGACAGGUUCGAAGAGUACAUAGACUAUAUCUUCCCAGCGGACGACGAGUCGACCGCAAUGAUAUCGAACCUGCUGUCCACGGCACGCCGGUGGAAGGAGCAGCAGCAGCAGCAGCAGCAGCAAACCCAGAGUUAG